UAUACCGCCCCUCCUCCGCCUCCUCCUCGCCUAACCCAUCCGCUCGCCAGGCAUCGCCUCCGAGUAGUAGAGUUACAGAUUACCUUACGAGCCAAGUAGAACAAGCGCAUCGCUCGACACGUAGCGAGCGUGAUUAGUAGUUAGGAGUGUAUAGUUUCUCCAAGCAAAGCAUUUCAUUCGUUCGUAUUAAGCGGCUAAAGAUAGUGCUGAUUUUCCCCCCCUCCGGAAGCUAGCGAUGGAGGUGUGCUGCUGCUCGACCUCGUCGUCGGUCCUCGCGGGGGGCCGCGGGGGCGCGGCACGGAGGCUGGCCGCCCCGGCGGCGGCGCGGUGGGGCGCGGCGGGGUUCUGGAACAGGGCGGUGGUGCUGGCGCACCCGCUCCCGCGCCGGGCGUCGUCCUCGAGGCCGUCCCCGCGGCGGGCGCGGAGGGGCCUGAUCAUGGCGGUGUUCGAGCGCUUCACGGAGCGGGCCGUCAAGGCGGUCGUGCUGUCGCAGCGGGAGGCCCGGGGGCUCGGGGAGGCCGCCGUGGCGCCGCGCCACCUCUUCCUCGGCCUCGUCGCGGAGGACCGCUCGUCCGGCGGGUACCUCUCGUCGGGGAUUGGCAUCGAGCGCGCGCGGGAGGAGUGCCGCGGCAUCGGCGCCAGGGACGUGGACGCGCCGCCGCCGCCGCCGCCCAAGACCGGAUCGGGGCUCGACACCGACGUGCCCUUCUCCGCGGCCAGCAAGCAGGUCUUCGAGGUCGCCGUCGUGCUGUCAAAGAACAUGGGGUCCAGCUUCAUCUCGCCGGAGCACCUCGCCAUCGCGCUCUUCACCCUCGACGAUCCCACCACCAACAACCUCCUCAGGAGUUUGGGAGCAGAUCCGAGUCAGCUUUCAUCAGUUGCAGUCGACCGUCUCCAAGCAGAGCUUGCGAAAGAUGGAAGAGAUCCCGCAGGAGCAUCAUCUUUCAAAAUCCCAGAGAAGGCUCCUGCAGCAGCUGGAAGAUCUGCUUUCUCCCAAUCCUUGACUAAAAAGAAAGGGAAGGGUGCACUAGAUCAGUUUUGUUUGGAUUUGACCACACAAGCUAGUGGAGGUUUCAUCGAUCCUAUUAUUGGCCGUGAAGAGGAGAUUGAAAGAGUGGUUCAGAUAAUAUGCCGACGGACGAAGAACAAUCCUAUUCUUUUGGGUGAGGCAGGAGUUGGCAAAACUGCAAUUGCUGAGGGACUGGCUCUUCGAAUUGCAAAUGGCGAUGUCCCCAUUUAUCUUGUGGCAAAGCGUAUAUUGUCACUGGAUGUUGGUCUACUUAUCGCUGGUGCAAAAGAGAGGGGUGAAUUGGAGUCUAGGGUUACUAAUAUAAUUCGUGAAGUCCGGGAAGCAGGCGAUGUUAUUCUUUUUAUUGAUGAGGUUCACAAUCUUAUUGGAUCUGGAACCGUUGGGAAGGGUAAGGGUUCUAGCCUUGAUAUUGGCAACUUGCUGAAACCCGCGCUUGCUAGAGGUGAACUGCAGUGCAUUGCAGCAACAACUCUAGAUGAACACCGAAUGCAUUUUGAGAAGGAUAAGGCUUUGGCCCGCCGCUUCCAGCCAGUAUUAGUAGCUGAGCCUAGUCAGGAAGAUGCUGUGAAGAUAUUGCUUGGUCUUCGUGAGAAAUACGAAACGUACCAUAAAUGCAGAUUCACAUUAGAAGCCAUCAAUGCAGCAGUUUAUCUAUCAGCAAGAUAUAUCCCUGACAGACAGCUUCCUGAUAAGGCUAUUGAUCUAAUUGACGAGGCUGGAAGUAGAGCUCGGAUGGAGUCAUUUAACAGGAAGAAGGAAGGGCAGUCUUCAAUUCUCUUGAAGUCACCAGAUGAAUAUUGGCAAGAGAUAAGAGCUGCACAGGCCAUGCAUGAAGUGGUGUUAUCUAACAAGGAAAAAUAUUCUCCAAAUGCGAAUGAUCAAGAGAGUGGUAAUGCUGAUGUUGAAGCACCAUAUGAAGACAAUAGAGGGUCAACAUCAACCUCAUCACUCUCAGCUGAUGAGCCAAUUGUAGUUGGGACAGAGGAAAUUGCAAGAGUUGCCUCAUUAUGGUCAGGGAUACCAGUUCAGCAGUUGACUGCUGAUGAUAAAAAGCUUCUAGUAGGACUAGAUGAUGAGCUCAGGAAACGGGUCAUUGGCCAAGAUGAUGCAGUUGUGGCCAUAUCUCGUGCAGUGAAGAGAUCGCGUGUUGGCCUUAAUGACCCUGACAGACCUAUUGCUACACUGCUUUUCUGUGGUCCAACAGGAGUUGGUAAAACGGAGCUUACCAAGGCUCUAGCAGCAAGUUAUUUUGGAUCAGAAUCUGCUAUGCUUAGAUUAGACAUGAGCGAGUAUAUGGAGAGGCACACUGUGAGCAAGCUGAUCGGCUCUCCUCCAGGGUACAUUGGAUAUGGUGAAACUGGUACUUUGACAGAAGCGGUCAGGAGGAAACCAUUUACUGUGGUUUUGCUGGAUGAGAUAGAGAAAGCCCACCCUGAUAUUUUCAACAUCCUUCUCCAAAUCUUUGAGGAUGGACAUUUGACAGACUCACAGGGCCGCAGGGUUUCCUUCAAGAAUACAUUGAUUGUGAUGACGUCCAAUGUUGGUUCUACAUCAAUUUCAAAGGGAAGACGGAGCAUAGGUUUCUUGAAGGAAGAUACUGAGUCAAGCUCAUAUGUCGCAAUGAAAUCCCUAGUAAUGGAAGAGCUGAAGGCAUUUUUCCGACCAGAGUUGCUCAACAGAAUUGAUGAGAUGGUCGUGUUCCGUCCUCUAGAGAAGACUCAGAUGCUGGCCAUUCUUGAUAUCAUCCUGAAGGAAGUGAAGGGCAGGCUUUUGGCCCUUGGGAUAGGCUUGGAGGUGUCUGAUGCAAUGAAGGACCUGAUCUGCCAAGAGGGGUACGACAAGAGUUACGGUGCGCGGCCGCUGCGGAGGGCUGUCACCCACAUGAUUGAGGAUGUCAUCAGCGAAGCGAUUCUUUUCGGCGAAUUCAAGCCCGGCAACACCAUACUGAUGGACAUUGAUGCCGAGGGGAAGCCGUGCAUGAGCCAUCUGGACCAACAGAUCGUCCAGGUCACUGACCCAACACGGGCAUUCUGAAGCUCUGCACCGGAUGCCCUUUUGUUGUGAUUCCAGAUUUCCAGUAUAGUAGAGAGUAGAGG